AUGAGCGCCACUCUCGCAUCGCCAAUCACCUAUGAACCAGACUCAAUCGCCAUCUACCAUGCCACCUUGAGAGCUGUUCGGUACGAUCUUCGUCAAACGGAGCACAUCACUGAUAGCCGGGCCUCUACAGGCCAUCUUGCAUCACUGUCAGCUCUGUUGCCCCUCGUCGAAGAAGUUGAUGAGACGAACCUCGCAGAUCUUUGCUUGACAGCACCCUGCCUUCGCGAGACCGUCCUACCAGAUGAGUCUAGUAUUGACCUCGUCAACAGUUGCAGCCAGGAUGUCACGACCAAGGACCUACAUAUACUUGCGGAGGACGCGAGUACGUACUCCUCACGAGUGACCAAGGACUUCGAGUUGCCUCUACUGCCCAGCAAUCACGAUCAAGAUUUCAAGGACUUUCUCAAGAAAUAUUCUCCGGGUUCCCGGCCCAAUCCCAUCCAUACAUCAAUACUUCCCCGUGAGCCGGUGGAUGAGCACAAGGACGAAAGCAUGACGUUUCCUAGAAAGGCGUACGCCACUCUUGCUCAAUUGGAGGAACAACUUAUAAAUGAGACCAUUGAACCGGAUUUGUGCGACACGACAUGCAUUUCUGAGGCCUUGGAAAACUACGAUGAGGAGAACCUGAGUCUCUCUACCAUCAUGAGCGAGAUUUCAAUCCUUCAAGUACGCAUGACCUUCUUGUCAUCUUCAUGCACUAACAGCUCGGAGAAGGGCUCGAACUGCAUGCCUAGCCCUCUUCUACUUCCUCUGGAGGACGUUGAACAUCUGCAGCCACCGAUAUUCGAACAGCCAAACCCCGACAAUUUCGUUCCGUUGGACGCUGUCUCUUUGAUAGAGGAAGAUCUGACGACUGAAACACAUGCAGCUCUUCAUGUUGCAUCACCGCCCGAAACACCCGUCAUUCAUUUAUCGAGCACACCAAAGGAGCCAGACAUACUUUCAUUCACACCGCCGUCGUAUGUUAAGAUGUGUGAUGUGAUGUUUGAGAAACCUACUGUGGCUGAGUUGAGUUCCUCUGUACAUUGUUCAGUUGACGCAGACCAGGCACCAACCACUCUUGAUGCCUUCGCCAUCAAGUCAGAUCCCAUCCACUUACUUCACUUUAGCGACGCGACUAUAUUAGACGAGCCUCAAGAAAACAACUCACGAACACAAAUGUACCCGAAAGGCCUGGCUUCACAGUCCCAUCACCCCACGGGACAAGUAAAACAACAGCUGGGGCGAAAUACGCCCACAAUACUCGACUCAACGAUUCUUUUGCCUGUCCCGAAGCUCGACUUCAGUAUUCCGAAUCCAUCUCGGGCCAGUAAUGGGUGCUCUAAGAACCCCUUCAAGGAAUACGCGACCUAUGAUGCCGGUUCAUUGAGAAUAUUCCAGCAUGCUGAGAACGCAGUGAUCAACGCCAGACUACCAUCACGGGAAGGAUCUCCUGCUGCACAAUCUGUGCGUCAGGCCACACCACUCGCUUUGCCUGGACCACCAGCAGAAAAUCUGUUGGAGCUGGCGAGGAAAAGGAAAGCAGACAGGUUACGAUAUGAAAGAGUUGCGCCCCAAAACAAGAGACUGCGCGAAUACCAUCAGCCACAUGGGGAGGAUAAUAAACUUCUCCUCGCCGAUAACGUACCCGGUGCCUUGAACAAGAUGCUGUCCAACUACUUGGCUUUGAUCAACCAUCCACAGCCAAGGCAAAAGUCUGAUGUUCUCGUUACGCCUCCCAAGACUCAGCAUGUAAAUUCACAAGACCAACUUCAUACAGGAACAAUCCCAGAUGUAACCCGUCAAUGGCUAGUGCCCCCGGAGGAAGCUCCAUACCUGAUAAUCACCCCCUUGGAAAAGCCUGUCCGAUUCUUUAUCUCGACAAUGAUACCUCGCUCCUUGAUUUACGGCUUUCAGAAAUAUCUCACUGCAGGAGUUGAUAUGCUUGAUCGAGAUUUCAGCCUGCCAUGCCAUGGGAUAUCUUCGCUCGCAUCAACCUCUUCUGACAAUGAGGUCUCUGCUCUUUCAUUCGAAGCUGACAUGUCGAUCUCUGCCUCCACGGGAAUCAUGGUCACUACGCUCCUUCAGGUUCGUCAAAAGCCUCUUCCAGGGUCGGCUGACACAACAUCACAAUUACGGAAGCGCAUCAACAACGUGGCCCCCUUGUACGAACGCCUUGUAGUUCUUGUCUGGAAAGAUGGCAAGGACGACGCGUCUGCAGGGGCACCACUGUCUCCAGCGGAAGCCGCAGCUUACUCCGAGUUUGUCAAACAGAACGCCAUGUUGCGUGGCACAAAGAUCGAACCUGUAUAUGUUGGAGGCGGGCCUCGUCAUCUUGUUGCUCGGACCAUUGCGAAAGUCCGCCAGUAUGUCACAUGUGACAAGCAGCAUUUGCUCAGGGAGGAAGAAACAGAUUGGGAAGUCUUCUUGCGACAGGCCGGCAUGAAUAUAUAUGCGGCCCAGCUGCUUGCUGCGUCUCUCCGAGAUGACUUUGGAGACCAGGGCUUGGAGCGCUUCCUGAAGAUGCCGCGGGAAGAGAGGAUGGAGCGUUUCCAGGAAUUACUGGGGGGAAGUGCCGUACUCGGACGGAUGUGUGCGACGUUGGACAAGAGACAGGCUUCAAAGCAUGGUGAUGAAGCAGACUGGAGAAGCCAGGAAAAGACGACGGCAUGA